UGCGUUCAUUGCUCACUUUUGGCGCUUCCAGAAGCCAAGCGACAGGGAUUCCUAUUUUGUUCUUUGCAACGAUCACCUUUGGGCACCGAGGAUCUUGUUGUUACAAUUUAUUUCUCUUGCUGUGUUGUGCAUCGAGUAAAAGGAUUUGAGACCAUGUCGACGGCAACAAAGACAGUAGAGAAAUCUACCAAUGAAAAGGUAAUCUGGGGGUCUGAUUUGCACCUUCACACGUCCUUUUGGCAACAAGAAGUCAAUCGCUACCGUCCUUCAGUAUGGCUUCUGGUCAAGUUUGCUGUUUUGUACACAUACUUCAAAGGAAUGACCGAUCUUGGUGGCGCUUACUGGCCUCGCAUUGUUCAGUACUGCAAUGAAAAAAAUAUUGACCCGGCAGAUAUUGCCCUUCCUGGUGCGAUGGGUCUGGCCUUUACGUUCUUUGCCAUCUAUGGGUAUGGAUUCUUUGGUUUCAUCAACUACUAUUGUGACGACUGGGACUUCUUCAAAAGGAUCCGUAUUCACAAGGGCGACUGGGCAUGGGUGACUGAUCCCAGAGAAGAUGGUUCUGGAGUCUAUUCGGAUAUGUUCAAGGCUUGGUUGUUCAAUAACUCCUUGUACAUUCCUACCUUUCCCCUUGUCAAGUAUGUGAUCGGAACUUCCUGCCCAUUUCGAACCGAUGCGGACUCUUUACCUGGUUACUUUGAAUUGAUCUGGCAAGUUGCAUUCAGUGUGGUUUGUUUUGAUGUGGUGUUUUAUCACAUUCACAGAAUGCUGCACCACAAGGACUUUUACUGGAUCCACCGAAAGCACCAUUCUGUCACUGUUGUCGUUGGGCCAGUGGGCGCUUUCUAUCAUCCAAUUGAUGAGUGGCUUGAAGCAAUCACUGCUUCAUUGUUUGGUCCUUUGCUCUUGUGGGAUAAAAUGCAUAUUGUAUCAUUUCAGGCCUGGUUUGUUUUUGCAAUUUGGGCAGCACUUGAAAUUCACUGUGGUUAUGAACUGCCUUGGAAUAUGUAUCAAGCUCUUCCCUUUUCUGUUGAUGCUCGAUACCAUGACUUUCAUCAUCGCUACCAUCACAGAGGAAACUAUGCAGCGGUGUUCACUAUUUGGGACUACAUUUAUGGAACCAACAAGGAGUACUAUGAAUGGGUUAGAAACGGUGGACCCUUUGAAGACUUUACUGAUGUUCCUUUUGAUGAGAACAACAAGGUUCAGCAGAAGAAGUUGAAUUGAGGAAGUCUGACAUUUGUGUUUGAUCUUCAACCUCCGAUACGUCUCUAUUUGUGGUAGAAAAAGCCAAGAAGUUAAUCUAUAGUGGAAACCGGUUGCGAUAGCAUUCAAAUUCGCUAGUAGCUAGCUAAUACUAGUAGGACUGAGUCACUCCGCAGAACGUCGUCGACUGGGAAGGUUCUUCGACAUGAACGUGUACAAUAUGGUAUGUGAUGCCAUGGUUGUUGCUAUCCCCACGGUGGAGUACAGAGGUGUAUCUAAACCACCAGAACGACACCUCAUCAGGUACCAGGUACACUACAUCGUACCGUAUGUACUAGCUAGCUAGCCAGUGGUAUUACUGUAC